GGGAGGCGCAUGCGCAGUUCCUUGCAGACGCGGAAGCGGCCGUGGAGGGGAAGGUGGCGGUUCCCCCUGAGGAGGGUGUUUGUCUUUAAAGCUGACGCUCCCGGUCCCCCUCCCCGCAGGGAAGGCUGAGGGCGCUGCCGGCGCUGAAGUCCUUGUUGGGGUCCCCGCCCCGGAGCCUCUCUCAGCGGUUCACAGGGAGAGGGAAAGAGAGACAGAUAGAAAUAGUAAUGAGUAGAGACAAUCAUUGAUCUGCUGCCUCCUGCAUGCCCCACACCGAGGAUCUAACCUGCAACCUGCCCAUAUGCCCUGACCUUAUGGUUCAUACGUUCAAGCUCAACCACUGAGUCUUGCUGCCUAGGUCCUUCUGACUGUGUGUGUGAGGUGAGCUGAUUAACAAGCUGUGCUGACUUCUUUGAAGGCACAUUCUGUGACUCCUCAACAUAGUGUCACCUGAGAAAACAUCUCAGACCCCGAUCAGGACCAGGACUAAAUGGCUGCUUCUCAGAGGUAUGGCACCUGAUGUGGACACAUUGACAUCACAAGUAAAAAAAGGACCGUUGACAUUCAGGGAUGUGGCCAUAGAUUUCUCUCAGGAGGAGUGGGAAUGCCUGGACCCAGCUCAGCGGAAAUUGUACCUGGAUGUGAUGUUGGAGAACUACAGCAACCUGGUUUCCAUGGCUAUACCAUCUGAGGAUAACCAUGUCUUUAUGCCAAAGCCCAGAAUACAAGAUUUAUUCUCUGAAAUAAUACUGAGUAUACAUAAUGAAGAUAGAAGUUAUCAAUGGAUUGAACAUUGGAAAAACUUUAAGCUAGAGUCAUAUCUUAAUCAUCAGACAAGUGAGCUUGCAGAGGACCAUUAUAAAAGUGGAAAACUCUUUGACCAAAUGUCCAAUAACAACAUACAUCAGGUUAUUGCUAUUGUGGAGAAGACACGCAAAGGAAAUAAAUAUGUCCAGUCUUUUCAGCAGUCUUCAGAUUACACUGAACAAGAGUUAAUUCAUCAUGGGGCAGAAGCUUACAAAUCAAAUCCGUGUGGGAGAGUCUUCAGUCAAAUAUUCAAUCUAAAUAGACGCAAAAAAAUCCAAAGUGGAGAAAAACUUUAUAAAUGUCAAGAUUUGGGUAAAAUAUCUUAUUGGCCUUCAGGUUGUACUUUAAAUCACAGGAUUCAUCCUGGAGAGAAGGCUUUCAAAUGUAAAGCAUGUGGCAAAGCCUUUAAAUGCCAUUCCUCUCUUAUUGUACAUAAGGGAAGAAUUCACACAAUAGCAAAAUUUUACAAACUCAGGGAAAGUGGAAAAUGCUUUAUUCAGUCCUCAAGACAUACUCAGCAUCAUAGAAAUCAUAGGGAAGAAAAGUCUUAUAAAUGUUCUGAAUGUGGCAAAACCUAUAGCCGGCCCUCAACCUGUACUCUUCAUCAGAGAAUUCACACUGGAGAAAACCCUUUUAAAUGUAGAGAAUGUGGCAAAUCCUUUAAAAACCAUGCAGUUCUUACUAAUCAUCAAAGUGUUCAUACUGAAGAUAGGCCUUAUAAAUAUAGAGUGUGUGGUAAAGCAUUCCUCCACACCUCAAACAUUCGACAUCAGAAAUCUCAUACUGGUGAGAAACCUUACAAAUGUAGAGAAUGUGGCAAAGCCUUUACCCGGUCCUCACAUCUUACUUGUCAUCAGAGAGUUCAUUCUGGAGAAAAGCCUUAUAAAUGUAGAGUAUGUGGCAAAGCCUUUAGCGAUCCCUCCUCUUUUAAUAGACAUCAGAGAGUCCAUACUGGAGAGAAGCCUUAUAAAUGUAGAGAAUGUGGCAAAGACUUUAGGCAGUCCUCUGCUCUUAAUUAUCAUCAGAGAGUUCAUACUGGAGAGAAGCCUUAUAAAUGCAGAGAAUGUGGGAAAGCCUUUACCCAGUCUGCAUCCCUUACUAAUCAUGAAAAAGUUCACACUGGAGAAAAACCUUAUAAAUGUAGAGAAUGUGGCAAAGCCUUUGCCCGAUCCUCAAUCCUUAUUGCACAUCAGAGCAUUCACACAGGAGAGAAGCGUUAUACAUGUAGAGACUGUGGCAAAUCCUUUGUCACUUCCUCAAAACUUACUAAGCAUAAGAGAGUUCACACUGGAGAGAAGCCUUAUAAAUGUAGAGACUGUAGCAAAGCCUUUAGCCAGUCCUCAUCCCUUAUUAAUCAUCAGAGAGUUCACACUGCAGAGAAACCUUAUAAAUGUAGAGAAUGUGGCAACUCCUUUCUCAGCUCCUCUGGCUUUACUAAGCAUCGGAGAGUUCACACUGGGGAGAAGCCUUAUAAAUGUAGAGAAUGUGGCAAAGCCUUUGCCCGAUCCUCAACCCUUAUUGCGCAUCAGAGCAUUCACACAGGAGAGAAGUGUUAUACGUGUAGAGACUGUGGCAAAUCCUUUGUCACUUCCUCAGAACUUAAUAAGCAUCGGAGAGUUCACACUGGAGAGAAACCUUAUAAAUGUAGAGACUGUAGCAAAGCCUUUAGCCAGUCCUCAUCCCUUAUUAUUCAUCAGAGAGUUCACACUGCAGAGAAACCUUAUAAAUGCAGAGAAUGUGGCAAAUCCUUUCACAGCUCCUCAGACUUUACUAAACAUCGGAGAGUUCACACUGGAGAGAAGCCUUAUGAAUGUAGAGAAUGUGGCAAAGCCUUUAGCCAGUCCUCACAACUUACUUGUCAUCAGAGAGUUCAUUCUGGAGAGAAGCCUUAUAAAUGUAGAGAAUGUGGCAAAGCCUUUAGAUGGUCUUCACACCUUACUAGACAUCAGAACGUUCAUACUGGAGAAAAGCCUGAUAAACAGAGAAUGUAACACAGCCUUUCAUCAGUGUUUCUGCCUUACUGUACAGCAGAGUUCGUACUUGAGAGAAGACUCAAAGAUGUGAGGAGUGCCCUAACCGCUUUGGCUCGGUGGAUAGAGCAUCGGCCUACUGACUGAAGGGUCCCAGGUUCAAUUCCGAUCAAGGGCUUGUACCUUGUUUGUGGGCACAUCCCCAGUGGGGAGUGUGCAGGAGGCAGCUGAUCGAUGUUU